AUGGAUGGACUCGUCUACAGAGAAGCAAUGCGUGGACAUGGAAAAGGCUGUGAACGGGAAAGAAGCUCACGAGCCCAUCACCGAUUCAGUGGCCCUCAGAUCAAGAAAGUACUGGAAACAAAUGAAGAAGCAUGGGACCAGUGCGAGCGAAUAUCAGUGGUGUCGUCAUUUGUCUGUUCACUGUUUCUUGGAGAUAUCGCUCCGAUCGAUUACACGGAUGGAAGUGGCAUGAAUCUCAUGGAUAUUCAGACUCAAGAAUGGGAUGAAAAUUGCUUAGCAGCUGUGGAUGGUGGCGAUGAAAAUCGGACGCAUUUAAGAGCAAAACUAGGAUCGCUAGCCGACCCUUCCAAACCAGUG